AUGAAUCGCUCAGGUCAACAAUGCGCUAAUUCAAAUUCAUCAUCGACUGAAGGACAAGAUUGGAAAUGUCGCCAAUGUGGUUACACAAAUAACGAUAGUAAUAAAUCGUGCGAAACGUGCAACGCUCGUAAACCAAUGCGUCCACGUAUUGAAACACGGCCCAGUUAUGUAGAGAGGAGUCCCUCAUCAUCGUCAUCUAAUCACCGUACUCCUUCUCCAGAAGAUGAAAGUAUACCUAAUCGACCAGAUCCGAGAAGUUCUGUACGAGAUCGGCGACGCAGUUCCAGCGGUGAACACGUAACGGAAAAAGAUAGUUUCUCCGACAGUGAAAAACCGUACUAUAAUUCGUCCACUCAAUUAAGAAGUCAUAGAAAGUCUCAAAAUCCAGAUGCACCGAACGAAAAGAAAAAAACAACGCAACCACAUGAAGGCAAGUAUUCUGCCUCAAUGUUACAUACGAUUAAGUAUUUCCUUAUAAUUUUAGCCUCGUUUCAUGAACAAUCUUCAACUAGAGGAUCUUCAUCUUCAGUUAGGGACGAUAGCAAACUUUUCGAAGACGACUAUGAGCAUAAACCCAAGAAGUCUACUGCAAAAAAGUCUUCGAGUGGUAAUCAAAACUAUGAUGAUGAACUGAGCAGUAGCAAGAUGCAUUCCAGUUUGAGCUCUUCACCAACACCACCGCCAGAUUAUUCGUCAUGUAUUGCUUCACAAAAGCAGCAAUCGACCCUUCUUCGAUAUGAUUCAGAAGGUGAACAAUCAUCAUUGCAAUCUGUUGGACUAUCUUCAUCGAAAAAUAAAAGUUCUUCACAUGAUGUAAACAAUCCUUCUAAUUUGAAACAGGGCUCUUCGAGGGAUGAUGAACGAGAUGAACCUCUUUUAACAAAGACAUCUGAUAGACAUGUCCCUUCCAAAGGAUCUUCAAAACACAUUGCAUCUGGUUCAUCUUUAUCGGUCGAUGACAAAAAGGGAUCCCGCGUCUCUGCAUAUGACGAUGAUCCUUAUCAAUCAUCUGCAACAGCUGCCAAACCAAUGAAACCACCUACAAGUCCGUCAUCGUCAAAAAAAUCAAACAAAAGUGAACCUAUCAUAGUUUAUAUACCAGAUUUGCCUGUUAACAUAGAUAGUAAUCAAUUACUCGAAAGUAUGAUUCGGCAAUGUUUAGAACUUAAACAUAAACAAAAAAUAGUCGAUGUUAAAUGUGAUGCCAAAUUAGGCAUUGGAAUUGUCUACUUACAUACUGAUGAAGAUAAGCAUAAUUUAACUAAUAUUAUCGAAAAAAUUAUAAUUGAAACAUCCAAAAAUACAAUGGUAUCAUUUGUCGAUGAACUGGAACUAGUAUCUUAUAUUGUUGUUGAUAACAUGGAUACAAAAGAUCUUCCAUCAGUAGAUGACAUAUGUCGACGAUGGGUUCAUCUGUACAAGGUGCAAUCGGAACCACAAUGUGAACGACUAUCUGCUCAAUUUCCGAACAUCUAUCGAAUAAUAACACAUUCAUUAGAUGAACUACUCCCUGCAAUGUCAACUAAGGAGUUCUCAAUCAAUAAACAGUUCGCAACUGUUUAUUUCCGUGCUGAUUGUGCUUUCUUUGAAGAUUUACCACGAACGACAACAUUAGAUCGAUUGACCGACGGAAUCAGUAGUCAAAUCUCUGAUAAAUACAUGUCCAAAGAAUUAAUACAUAUACAGUAUAAUAAAGCAAAUGGUAAUGCUAUUGUGCUGACAUCAGGAAGAGCUCGAAUAUGGGCCCUACAUAGUUCAAUUCUAUUAGAUGGGCGCUCUUUUAUGAAAAAGGACAGCCUUGCUUGCCGCUUAUUGAUACGCACCGUACCCAAAGGGGUGUCAACUUCACUUAUCCGAAAUCAUAAAAUGUUUGGUGAUGCUGUUGUUAAAAUAUUCCCUAGCGAUGAACAUGUCGUUCUCGAACUUUCUGAUCGAAGUAUUUAUGAGAAGUGUAUUGAUCAAGGUGUUGUACGCGUUGAUCAACACUUAUUAGGUAUUGAAGUUUAUACGUUUACAAGUAAUCCUGAAAAUAGUGAAAUUGAUGCUGAAAAUUGGUAUGAAACAGAGAUGGUUGAUCAUAAGCCCGAUAUAAUGCCAUUUAUUUCUAAUCCUCAACAUCCUAUUUUUCAAUUUAAAUGGAAUCCAAGAGUGUUUUUAGAACAACUCCGUUUGUGGACAUCGAAUGAACGUAAGACUAAUGAAAAAGAUCAAGUUAAAUUUGAAAAAUUAUGUAAUCUGAAACGUCAUCUAUUACGAAUGACAGUUAUGUUGAAUACAAUUGGUGUAGUAAAAAGAGGCUUUUAUCGUAUAGGUGACAAAGAAAUCAAAUUAAAACCAGAUCGAUUAAAAACAAUUCUCUAUGAUCAUAAGUCAAAAUUGCAGCGUGGUAAGACAAUGUCGUUAUCGCAUGCUACAGAAUUCCCGUAUAAAUCUACAUCAGUUAGUGUAGUGAAUGAAGACUGUUUGAUAGUUUAUAAGAAUCUAGUAAAUAAAGGUUGCCGACCAGUUGUUCUUAAUAUGGCUAAUGCUACCAGUCCAGGUGGUGGCUACAAACGAGGAGAUGGAGCUCAAGAAGAAACACUUUUUCGUCGCUCGAAUUAUUUCCAAAGUCUCGAUCUUGAGUUAGAUGAUGGGAAACCAACAGCACGCUUCUAUUGUAAUUCAAAUUGUGAUUUAGAACCAUUAGGUAAAGGUGAUCGAAUGUAUGAAAUGGACGAAUUCGGGGCAAUCUACACAGCAGGAUUGACAGUUUUUCGGCAGCCUGAAGAUACUGGCUACACUUUCAUGGAUAUACCAAUGUACGAUGUAUGUGCCAUUGCAAUGGCUGCCUAUCGUGAUCCGAAAAUUGAAAACGACCUUCUCACUUCCAAAUACUCUCUUGGAAUGCGAAAAAAAAUUGAAAAUAUAUUUGCUAUAGCUUACCAUCAAAAACAUGAUAGCCUUGUUCUAUCUGCACUUGGUUGUGGUGCAUUUAGAAAUCCGCCAAAACAUGUUGCAGCAAUAUUCAAAUCAGUUAUUGAACAAUAUGCUGGAUAUUUCAAAUACAUCUAUUUUGCUAUUGUGGAUGAUCAUAAUGCAGGCCAAGACUUGAACCCAACUGGAAACUAUCGUCCUUUUCAUAAAUUACUCGAUAAUUUAGAAGAAGAACCAAAACGACAAUAUCUUGUAGACAUGAUGAUUGGACCUUGGCGAAUUUUAGAUCAAAAAACUAGUAAAGAAAUAACGUUAAGUGAUAUUCGAAUCCGCUAUUUGGAUCCAUGUUUUCAUGGAGGAAAAUGCAACGAUUUGAACACUGAACAACAUUGUCGUGAAUUUUCACAUCCACCUUUAUGUCCUUACACAAAUGAUACAGCUCCAUGUAAAAAGAAAAAUGAUACUCAGCAUAUGCUUUGGUUCAGACAUCGUGAAAAAUGUUCAUAUGGUGGAGAAUGUGAAUUAAUAGAAACUGAUUUUAUGCAUUCGAAUGAAUUUGAACAUCCUGAAUUUUGUCGAGAUGGUGGUCGAUGUGAAAACAUGGGUGCUGAACAUCUUAAAGCUUAUCAACACUUGCCGCUAUGUAAAUAUCGUCGUGAAUGUGUCAGUUUCAAUAGUGGAUCAGUUGAACACUGUCAAAGCUACCGUCAUUGUGUACCGAUGUGCCGCUUUGGUCAUUUCUGUACCAAAUUUCAUGACGAAAAACAUUUAAGCGAAGAAAACCAUCCUUUUUUACAACCAUGUUCAUUUACUCCAUUUCAUUGCCGACAAUACAACAGUUUUGGUGAGGCAAAAGAUACAAAAACAUUAGGGAUCGAUGUUCAAAAUCACUGUUUUCACUAUUCGCAUGUUUGCCGGUACGGCCGUCAAUGUCGUGAUAAAUCAGACAUCCAUUGGAAAACUACAAUUCAUAUUGCUCGUAACAUCUGUUCAUUUGGUGAUAAAUGUGCAAAAACAUAUGAUGAAGAUCAUUUAAAUUCGUUCUCACAUCCAGGUAUAGCUGACAUUCGCCUUUUAUGCAGUUACCCAACGUAUAAAUGUCGUGAUAGGCGAAAACCUGAACAUAUUAUAGAAUAUCGACAUCAUGGUGGAUACGACAACAGUGGAGUUAUCGGCUGUUUUGGGCAGAACCACAAAAUUGAUUUUGUUAAAAAUCAAGAAAGAAUUAUUCAAACAAUAAAUACCUAUGUGAAAGAUACACAUUCCAAACAGCUAUCUGUAUCGUUAGAAGUUCAAAAAUGGGUUAAGGGCCUACAGCCUAUUCAUCGAUGUUCCAAAUUAAUUUUCGAAUCGAUACUUGUACAUGGCCAUGUCAUGUCUCGUGAUCAUAUGGAAAAUUUAAAAAGAUCCUAUUUCGCAGCUCAAGCUGUUCAAGAACAUAAACGUGUGCGUGGAAUAUUUGAUCGAUAUAAAAUGGCACCUAUCGAAGAUAAUGCUAAAGAAUAUAUUAAAGCUAUUGUUUCUCUGGAAUACGGUAAAAAAUAUGCUGCUGGCGACACAACAGCAUCAGGUGGAUCUGAUGAUAAUGACGAUGUAAUACGUAGAAAAGAAAGAAUUUUACACACUUUAAUCAAACCAGACGAACUUAAUAUUAUAAAACAAUGCGCCAUUGAUAUUGCUGAAGCCUCGUGGAAUCUUCAUAAAGCUCCAACUGGUAUCAAAUAUGAAACUGAUAAAGCGUUAGGUACUGAUAAACAUGUUUUUAGUAUUCUUGGGCCACAUCUCGGUCAUUAUUAUGGAGAUAUAAUUCUUGUAUUUAAAAGCGAAGUAAUGCUACACCCAGACGCCAAUUUCUCUCCACAAGCAGGCACAUCAUUUGCAAGUGGUAGUACAUUUAAGCAUCGACCAUGGGUUAAAGAUCCUGGUACUGAACCUGAAAGAAUAAAAUGUUUUCAUGAAUCGAAAUUGCAUUGUGCUGUACCGGGAUACGAAUAUGCAGCAGCAGCAGAACUCAUCGUUAUAUCAGGAUUACUGAGAAAUACAAUAAAUGUUGAUGUGCGAGACAUUAUUACUCAUUGGAAGAAAGUUGAUUCACAUCAAGUACUCGAGGCACAUCUACCUCAACUGGUACCUCUCGAUUAUAUUGAAGAAGUAUACAUAGCAAAAAAUCUAUUUGAUUCGCUGACUCCAGCAGCACAAGAGUCAGCAAAGAAAAUUUUCCGUGAUUCACUUCAUAUUACCAAGCAUGAAAUUAACUUGACUGAUACCGGUGGUGGAGGUUCGCAGCCAUCGGAUAAGAGUCGUGCUGACUAUCAAGAUUAUGUGAUGAGUGCUUUAAUAGAAAAAUUUAACAAACGAAAGGACCGUACAAGACAUUUGCAUGGCUCUGUCCUCACUCUAGCACCAAGUGCAUUUACGGAUCACAUUAUGUUACCGCCAACAAUCGGUCAAGCGCGUACUCAAUAUCUUCGAACUCAUAAACAGAGCUCGAAUUCCGACGACAUAUAUAUUUAUUGGGAAACAAUGUAUGGUGAUAUGAUGGUCACUCUUUCGGAUGAACGAAUCGAUCCUGAUAAGACUCAACCGGAUAUUCAAUGUCUUGUUUGUUAUAUUGCUGAGAGACCAUCAACUAUAACUGCCACUUACAGUGAAACAUAUUCAUAUUUAAAUGCUGGCGAACCAUACAGGCAUAGUGUUAUAAAGAUUACUGGUAAAUGUUCGAGUAGUUCACGUACAUUUCAUCGUGGUGCUAACAUUGAAAAUUUUCUUACCUACUGUCUUAAAAUCGAGAAAAAAACGGGUCAAGCAACACUGUCACACGCUGGGCCAAACAGUAUUUAUUGUUAUGAAACGAUAACGUGUAGAUUUUCGAAAACAACACUUGAUUUAAGCAAAUUAGACUACGUUCACGUAAGUGCUGGCUCGCAAAAAGUACCAAUCAGAAAUUUAACUAUUAACUUCGAAAAAAUUCCCGAUUUACAUCCAUUAUUCGAUAGAAAUUUCAAGCGAGGGGAUGAUCCAUUUCAUAAUAGGAAAUCGCCUCAUCUACGUAGCCGCUCUCCAUCUCCCAAUAUUGCACAAUCAACUCGCGAUAUGCCUCCAUCGUUUAUUCGAAAAGCUGCGAAUGCUGUUGCUGGUCUUUUUGGUUAUGAUGCUGAUGAUAAAAGCCUUGGUCCCUGCCCCUAUUCAAUCAAUUGUCUAUUUCAAGGAGAAUCGCAACAUAUGAAAAAAUAUUCUCAUCCUUGUCCAUACUCUGAACUUUGCACUAAUAAAGAGAAAGAGCCUAAUCUAACACAUGAGCCGCACCGAGCAAAACAAUGUCCAUCUAAGAGUUCUUGUCAAAAACUUCAUGAUCCUGUUCAUCGAGCGCAGUAUCGGCAUCCAGGCUACCCUGACUUUCUUAUUCCAUGUCAAGAUGGAUCGAGUUGUCAUAAUAAAACAUCGGAUCAUCGAAUAAAGUAUUCACAUGGUGAGCAAGGAGAAGUAGUUCGAGAUAAAAUACGUAGAACGGUAUGCCAAUUUGGAACAGAAUGUCGGAAUCAGGAUGACAACGAUCAUUGUUCUAAAUAUUCACAUCCUGGUGAAAAUAGAGUUAAACAUGCGCGCAGUUCAAGUCCUGAACGAAUCGCUUGUCGCCACGGAAGCGAUUGUCGCGACAAAAAUGAUCGUCAGCAUCGAUCAAAAUUUUCACAUCCAGAUGAACGUGAAUCUUCACCUAGUUCAAACUCUGCACGAAUCACUUGUCGGCAUGGAAGCGACUGUCGCGACAAAAAUGAUCGUCAACAUUGCUCAAAAUUUUCACAUCCGGAUGAAGAUCGAAAUCAAGGUCAUAGAGGCUCAAAUCAAGAUAAAACGCCAUGUCGACAUGGUAAUAAAUGUUUUGAUAAAGAUCCUCAUCAUCGCUCUAAAUAUUCGCAUCCAAACAAAAAAUAG